AUGGAGAUUUUAAACGGCCACAGAGAAAGAUGUUAUGAAAAUUUUAGGAUGUAUCCUGAAGUUUUUAGAAUAUUGUGUAGUUCCCUGAAAGGUAUAGGGCUGAAAGAUUCUAAAUUUUUAACUGUUUAUGAACAAGUGGCAAUCUUUUUGCUCACUUUAUCUCAUAAUCAAAGGAAUCGUGUUGUAGCUGAGAGAUUUCAGCACUCCACUGAAACCAUUUCCAGACACUUCCAUGCUGUGUUACAUGUAGUAUGUCAGUUGGGCACCCAUAUCAUUGCCCCUCCUGAUUUUUCUGUGAUUCCGAAUAAGAUUAGAGAGUCUUCUAGGUUUUUCCCUUACUUUAAGAAUUGCGUGGGAGCUAUAGAUGGAACCCACAUUCCUGCAACUCUGCCAACAACUGGGUGGGAAGGCUCCGCUAAUGAUUCGAGAAUCCUAAAGGAGUGUAUUGAGAAUGAGGCAAUGAACUUUCCAGCUCCACCAGCAGGUAAGUAUUAUUUGGUGGACUCAGGAUAUGCCAACAAGCCUGGUUAUUUGGCCCCAUUUCGAGGUCAUACUUACCACUUUCAGGAAUAUCGUAGGACUAGACAACCUCGUGGUCGGGAGGAAGUGUUCAAUCAUAGGCAUUCAUCUUUGAGAAAUAUAAUUGAGCGAUGCUUUGGGUUGUUGAAGAUGAAAUUCGCUAUUUUGAGGGCAAUGCCUCCUUAUAAGUUUUCAACACAAAAAUCAGCAUCAGCCUGA